AUGUGGCUUCUCCUCUUCUCCCUCCUGCUGACAUCUGCAGCAGCCCAGGACAACAAUGGCAAGGUGCUGAAAGGUGAGGAGUGUGUGCCCCACUCCCAGCCUUGGCAAGUGGCUCUCUUCGAUCGUGGACGCUUCAACUGUGGGGCUUCCCUCGUCUCCCCAUACUGGGUGCUGUCCGCAGCCCACUGCCAAACCCGAAACAUGAGAGUGCGCCUGGGCGAGCACAACCUGCACAAGCACGACCGCACGGAGCAGCUGCGGACCGUGUCCCGCAUCAUCCCACACCCCGGCUACGUGGCGCGCACCCAUCACCACGACCUCAUGUUGCUGCGCCUAACCCGGCCCGCGCGCCUCUCCGCCCACGUGCGCCCAGUAUCGCUCCCCAUGCGCUGCCCCCAACCCGGCGAGCCCUGCGUGGUGUCCGGCUGGGGCCUGGUGUCCGGCUAUGACCGGGGGGCCACAGGCAUCCCAGAGGCAGAAGUGUAUCUCCCAGACACACUGCAUUGUGCCAACAUCAGCAUUAUCUCGUCCACGUCUUGUAACAAGGACUACCCAGGACACCUGAUGAACACCAUGGUGUGUGCGGGUGUGGAAGGCGGAGGCACGGACUCCUGUGAGGGUGACUCCGGGGGACCCCUGGUCUGUGGAGGUGUCUUGCAGGGCAUUGUGUCCUGGGGUGAUGUUCCUUGCAACACUACCACCAAGCCUGGUGUCUACACCAAAGUGUGCAGCUACUUGGAGUGGAUCAGGGACACCAUGAAGAGGAACUGACUAUUUUAGUCUUCCCCCUGUGUCUCUGGCUGAGCAAUCCCAUGACUGCUCCAUCCUGACGUGGGACAGAAUUGAGUCAGCCCCCAAAGACCCCAUUUGUCCAAGGCCCAGAUGUUAGCCAAGGGCUAGUACUGUUUGAGGUCAGAGCUGGUGCUCAAGUUCAUCUGUUU